AUGGCUCAGGCUGCUGUCGAGCAUGAUGAGUUGGCCAGCGUUAUUGCAGCGGCGCGGCUGGCGAUACCGAGCCGGCGUGAUGCCUCGGCGCCCGCUUGGGAGCGCCUCCUGUAUGCAGCCUGGCGAGAGGAGCGCCGGCGGCCAGACCUUACACGGGCCUUGGCGGAGGCCGCUGCUCAAGAAGCUGCCACGCUUUCUCCUGUGGGACUUGCCAAAUCCCACUUUUUGUUAGGCAAAGUAGCAGCCGAAGCUGGAGGGGAUGCCGGUGUUGGCAUCGUCCAUAUCUGCACUGCAUUGCGGGCGGCUGCUUUCCAGACAAUCUUGGUCAGACCUACAGAUACUCAGCCACGCUCCCUUGUUCUGACGCAGCUCGAGGUCUGCGGUUGGCUGUAUCACUUGUCAAGGCUCUUGCACAACCAGGGCCAGAAUCGCACAGCUUUGGCCAUCCAGCGAGGUGCCACCGAGCGGCUUUUCCCAUCAUCGUGGCCACCCGGUGAUGCCCGCGGGAAUGACGCCGAGGGCUCACCCACAUUGAAGCUUCUGCAUGUACGAGAGUGGUGGCAGCCCGUGAUGGACGCUGCCUCGUCCGCCGAACCCAACAAAUAUCACCAAGGCAUGCUAUUGCAUGCCUUUGUCCUGCAAAGCGUGACGGCCCCGGCUGCUGCCCAGCACAUGGCGCCCGCCAUUGCCCAUCUGCUUGAUCAACACAGGGCGCAGCUCAUCCGCCAAUACAGCGCCGAAGUUCGCUACGCCGUGUGUCUCGCGCGCCUCUUACCUUGGCCCAAAACGGAGUUGGCCACCAAAGCCCUCUAUCUCUUGGGUGACUCCCAUAUCUUGCCCAUGGCCUGGACGAGCGUUCCUGUUUGUCCGCCUGGUCAUGUGGUCAUGCACCCGCGCCUGGCCAUGGGUGUGAAGGCGUGGCACUUCACGCCCAACCUGCCCCGCCCCUCAAUCCAUCGUGCGACGUUGCUGGCGGCUGCCGCCUCAAUUCCUGCUGACAGCAUUGUCAUUGUAAGUGCCGGUGAAAUCGAUCUUCGAGAAGAUGGCACCAUCGUGGCCUCGCCCAAGCACUUCGGUCCGCAUCGGCCCCCAAAAUAUCCAGACUUGGAAUCGGCCAUUGCCGCCACCCUCCAAGGCUUUGUUGCCGGCUUGCAAGACCUUCAAUGCCAGCAUGGAUGGCGCCAGAUUCUGCUCCACCCCGUGCGCCCCAUCCCCCCCAGCCACAGUAGCCCCGACGGCCGUCGUUUGCAUCAUGUCAUCCAACAAUGGAAUGAUAGCCUGGCACAACGUGUGCAGUCCAUCCCCGGCAUUGCUGUUCUCGACUUUUUCUCAUCUUUGUUAGACUCCUCGGGACAUGCACUAUGGUACGUUGACCAUUUGUUCAGCGACCUGCUCACGAAAUUAACCUGUGUUCCUGCCUGA